AUGGCCGACGUCGACAUGACUGACGCUAGACCAUCCACCGACCACAGUCCGACAUCUACCGAGGAAGAGACGCUCCCCUUACUCUAUGAUCUUGACAAGCUGACGCAGAUUCCGGAAGGGGAGUUCACCAAGGACAUUCCCCCACCGCCGAUCGGGGAUUUCAACAAGAAAAAGAAACAGAAUCCGACGCGAAACGGACGGCCAGGAACUUCGUCGGCACCGGCCGGCUCUGGAAACCAGGUUGAGGUCGAAGAGGAGGAGGAUGGGGGGGAGGAGGAGGAGGAGGAAAGCGAUGACGAAAACGACGAGCGUCCGCCGCGUAGCACUAGUCAGCGCACCUUGGAAGAACGGCUCAGGCGGGAACUUGAAUACAUAGAUGACCUGCUCGAACAGGACGAGGAUGCCGACCAGGAGAAUUUGUCGGUGCCGCGUGAACAGUGGAGGGCGGCAGACUUCGUAGAGGAAGACAUGGUGUACGCGACCAUCGAUGUGCUCGUCUUGGACGCCCUACGCCACCUGCAGACCGUGGAGAGGAACAGCACGUUGAGGCAGUACACCUCGUGGAUCUAUCACUACAAGAGGUGGGCGGCGAAGAUGUUGAUGCAAAUUCGCAACAAGCUUCCCCAGGAGUACAGGCUUAAGCGCGUCGACAAGAUAGGGCACUACAUCCGGGACAACAAGAAGAAGAAUUGGGACCAAGAGGCCGAUGUCCCCCGGUCGCACGUGUGGCUGCACGGCCCUAGGGUCACCACGUCCCGGCUUCGCGCAUACGUGAAGUACAUGGCUCGGGAGAUGAAGCUCGAUGCCGAGUCCAGCAAGGAGGGCGACAACGCCACAGGAACACAACCUGUGCAAUCCACAACGGUGCACACGCUCCUCGGGCGCAUAAAGGCAUGCCAGAUGGCGGCGAGAGUGGAGGCGACGAUAUACCGGGAGACGGAGCUGAGCAUCAUGCGUGAGAUAUCGGUGGUCAGGUCGGAGGUGCGGUUCAUGAUCCGCACCAAGAACGAGCGGGACCUCAAGAACUGCACCGAUCGGCGUCGCGGAACCAUUGGCGAUACCUACACCGCAGAACAGUUCCGCCAGAUCAUGUGCAGGGUGCUGCCGACGUGGGCGGCUAAGGCUUGGAACCCGCGGGGUACGGGCCCGUCGCAGACGCUGUGGCGGUUUCUGCUGUUGAAGGUGCUCACGCUACUCUCCCACCAUUCUCUCCUGCGCGGGGCAAGCAUCCGCGAGAUCACGCUCCCCGACAUAUUCUUGUACCGACUGGCAAGCACCUCGUCGGUGAACCCGGAGAACCAGCCGGUCGUCAUGAUCGGCCAGUUUCACGGCGUCCGCCUCAUUCCGCCGGUGGACACCAGCACACGCGCGAGCUGGUACAAGAAGCACCUCUUCUUUACCAAAAACGACACCGACCAAGGGGAGCUCUCCGCGGCAAGCCACCAACGCUGGACGCGGCAGUUGUGGGACAAGAACGGGGUGUUCUGCAAGAGGAACAUGCACGCCGCUCGAGCGGGAGGGGCCCAGGAGCUGGCCAUCGACGGCACGCCGCGCGCCGAGAUCGCGGAGCUAGGUCACUGGGCGCUCGACAAGAUGACGCGAGCGUACAUCACCGCCAUUCCGGUGGGGGUGGUGAUGAAGAAGGCCGGUUACUCUGGUUACAAGCAGGACUACUUCUUGGGCCGGAGCAGGGUGGAGCCCUCCGAUAAGCUCUUGAAGCUCCUCGCCGAGCACAUCUUCCCCGGCGUCGACGACAUGCUGAAGACGGCGGAAGGGAAGGCUGCCGAGGGGUCCGACGCCGACAAAGCCGCGGUGCACUUCUGGCGCACACUCGCGAUGCUGCGCCGCAUCGUCGCCGAGGACCUAGCGGUGAAGCUGGUCCGCACACCAUGGCACCGGAUCGCCGAGCCAGGGUUCAUCGACCGCCACACCCUCCUCGCCGGCGCGACGCAGGGUGCACUCAACAAGAGGGUGCGCCGCAUGCUGAAGGUCAUCGAUGCGGUGCGCCAGCUACGCGCGAGCGAUGGCGAAGCCGACAGCGAGGCCGUGGUCGACACACUGCACAGGAUCGCGGCAUCGGGCAUCGGGACCUUCGCCGAUGCCCUCACGGUGCUCAAACCGGGAACGGCACCGAUGUUGUCCAAAGAGGCUGGCAUGGGAGUCAAGGGGCUGGGCCCCAAGGUGGUCUCGAAGCUACGCCUCGCCUGUGCGCUUGUGGCGCUCAACCUGAAGCAGAGUGAUUGGGUCGAAACCCUGUUUCCAAACACGUGGGAGGAGCAGAUGCCGAAGACCAAGGCCGACCUGGCGAAGCCGACGGCACCGGCCAAGUCGACAGCACCGGCCAAGCCGACCGCUCCGGUGCACCGUCCUCCGACCAAGCGGAAGAAGUCGGCAUGA